AUGGUGAAGCCCAAUCGGCUCCCGCUGUACGAGUCGCCCCUAUCAUCCGCUGAGGAGAUUUCCGACAAUGAAUAUGUAGAUAGUGAUGAUGUUUGCAGUGAGGACCUCAGUGAUACUGGCUCUGCGGGCGAGGGGAUGUACGAUGACUUGUUCUCGUCGGACGAGGAGCCGGAGGAGCCACACUGGGACCCAGACACCACGCUGCGUUGGGACGUUUGGCAGAUCGACGACUUCAUCAUGAUCGAGCCGCCCAACGAGAAGGAGGGCGGCAUCCCUAUCAGUAAGACCUUCGUCAGCGUGCUGUGGGAUUGGCGUCCGAAGCCUACUAGCAAACGCUACCGCUCGUUGGAGCCGCUCGAGAAUAUGUUGGAGACUCACCGCGAGGAGUGCUGGCUGGCGCUGCGCUUCAAGAACAGCAGGAUGGAGCACUUCCGCGAGUUUUGCAAGACUGACUGGUACGGCAGGGCCAUCAUUGCUGCAGGCGAGGACUACUCCUGCAUGUUUCGGGCUAUGACAGUUGCGGCCAACCUUCUCGAGCGCCCCAACCUGGUUCCGCAGACGGUGAUCGAUGAUUUCUUCGCCGAGGCUAAGAGCAAAUUCGACAACAACUACGUCCAAGGAGAGCGUCGCGGGCCGCGUGUGUUGAGCGAGCUGACUCCGGACAAGGGUGUUACGGAUGGACUGUACAUCGUGGCGGCUUACAACGUCCGAUUCGUGGGCCAUGCAGUUGUGCUUCGCGUGGCGGACGGGGGCCAGUGCAAGACCAUUAUCGACAAGGGCAAGGAGAAGCCUGUGGAGGAGUGUCGCUGGAUGAACUUCUUCGCAUUUUCUGAGUCCGUAUAA